AUGCCGUUCGUCAAGGUGGUCAAGAACAGCGCGUACUUCUCGCGGUACCAGACGAAGAACCGUCGUCGUCGUGAGGGCAAGACCGACUACUACGCUCGUCGCAAGCUUGUCUCGCAGGCGAAGAACAAGUACGCCUCGCCCCGCUACCGCCUUGUCGUCCGCAUCACCAACCGCCAGGUGAUCUGCCAGAUCGUCUACGCCAAGAUCCAGGGUGACUGCGUUCUUGCCCACGCUUCGUCGAAGGAGCUCAGCAAGUACGGCAUCAGCCACGGUCUUACCAACUGGACCGCCGCCUACGCCACCGGCCUCCUUGUCGCCCGCCGCGCCCUUACCAAGGUCGGCCUCGCCGACAAGUACGAGGGCUUCGCCGAGCCCUCGGGUGAGCUCGAGCUCGUUGAGCCCCUCGGCGAGGACGAGCCCCGCCCCUUCAAGGUCUUCCUUGACGUCGGUCUCCGCCGCACCUCGACCGGCAACCGUGUCUUCGGUGCCGCCAAGGGUGCUUCGGACGGCGGCCUCUUCGUUCCCCACAACGAGAAGCGCUUCCCCGGCUACGACCCCGAGACCAAGACCAUCGACGCCGAGGUUCUCCAGAAGUACAUCACCGGUGGCCACGUUGCCGAGUACAUGGAGUCGCUUGAGGAGGAGGACGACGAGCGCUUCAAGAAGCAGUUCUCGACCUACCUCGCCGAGGACAUUGGCUCGGAGGACAUCGAGGAGCUCUACACCUCGGCCUACGAGAAGAUCCGCGAGGACCCCUCGUUCACCCCCACCGAGAAGGACACGGCCAAGUGGAAGUCCGAGUCGCAGAAGCGCAAGAACGUCCGCCUCACCAAGGAGGAGAAGCGCGCCCGCAUCGAGGAGAAGAUCGCUGCGUUCCACGCCGACCACUAAGCAGUUCAUACGCUCUGGGGUCUGUAGGGUCAUCUUUG